AUGAGUUAUAUGAUUGCAGAGAAAGCACCCUACGGCAGCAAUAAGAUAGACCACUCGAUGGCGCCCUUGAAGGCGUUGGAGACGGAUGGCGAAGGAUCAGCGGUGACAACGCGCGGCGAAAGCGCUGGCGUGGAGGUGGCGCAUGGGUGCCCUCAGUGUCGCCUGCGGGGAGGGAGGCUACCAACACCCGAGAAGACCUCGGCCGACCCCCCUCACUGGCAGGAGAUCCUCGCGCCUCCGCCAAACGAGACGCCUGAAGAGCGGGAAGCGCGGAAGCAGCGUGAGGCGCGGGACGCCAGUCACUCGAGGAAGAUAGAUGAGGAGAUCAAGGCAGAGGCGGCCGCGGAGCAGAGGAGGACGAAAGAUGCGAUCAAGGUGCUGCUGCUGGGUCAGGCGCAUGCAGGGAAGUCCACGGUCAUAAAAAAUCUGCAAUUGGCCUACGCGAAGGAUGAAUGGCAAGAAGAGCGCGCGUCCUGGAAGGUCGUCAUACAACUGAACCUUGUGCGCGCGGUGAACACGAUCAUUGAUGCUAUCCACGAAGAGUUUGAAUCCGGAAACGAGACGAAGCUUGAUAAUACGCACAAGAUGCUGUCGCUCAAGCUCGGUCCGCUACGGAACAUACAAGGGGAGCUCGAGACGAGCCUCGGCGCUGCUUCAAUAGACGACCCCGCGAUCCAGGACACCGACAUGUUUGCCCAUUGCGACGACUCCAGCAUCAUCUCUGUAACUCCCCCACCCCGCGACGACACACCUUCUCCCCACGGCGAAUUCUACGUGAAUAGCAAUGUGAGAUGGCAGCAGGCUUUGAAGAAGAUUACCCCGCCAUCACGAUCACCGAAGGCCUCGGAAGAGACGCCCUCACAUAUACGCAAGUAUGCGAAGGCCCUCGACGAUGUCACGGAGGUCCUGGCUGGUUGUAGGGACGAGAUACGAACAUUGUGGACGGACGCUGCUGUUAAGGCAUUGCUGGCAUCUAGACCCGAUGUCAAACUGGAGGACUCUUCUUCCUUCUUCUUGGCCGAUGUCGAUCGAAUAGCGGACUCAUCGUACCAGCCUUCUGAUGAUGAUGUGUUGCGAUGUCGCCUACGAACGACAGCCGUGCAAGAAUAUACCUUCAACCUGGCGAAAAAGAACUGGAUAUUCUACGAUUUCUCUGGUUCACGAUCAGCACGAGCGGGCUGGUUCUCGUAUUUCGACGACGUCACGGCCGUUAUCUUCCUCGCACCCGUCAGUGUCUUUGACGAGGUGGAUGAGACGGGCACAAACCGGUUACGCGAUAGCAUGUCGCUGUGGAAGACGCUGUGCUCGGAAAAGCUGUUGUUGCGCGCGCAACUCGUGCUGUUCCUUAACAAGUGCGACGUCCUCGAUUUCAAGCUCAAGAGCUCGAAGGCGCAGAUCAAGGAUUACUUCCCGAGCUUCAAGGACCGGUCAAAUGAUACCAAGACAGUGUGCAAGUACUUCCGUACCUACUUCUACGAGAUCAUGCAGAAUUGCUCCCAGAAGACGGGUACGAACGCUCAGCGGACGUUGUUUGCGCACUACACGACGGCCGUAGACAAGAAGCAGACAGCGUACACACUCAAUGCAGUGAAGGACGCCAUCGUUCGCGAGCACCUCGAGACCGCAAAACUCAUAUAA